ACCAUGAGCCUCGUCGAUGUGCGCGGCGACGGUCCUGGCUCCACCAUGAUGGGCACCAUGAUGGGCCCGGCGUCGCCGCUGGAGUCGCCGCUGGGGUCGCCCCUCGUCUCGCUGGACGCGGCCGUGUUCGUCAAGGGCGGCCUCAACUCCCCGGGCGACCCCCGGGUGGACAGCUUCACUGAUGAUUUCCUGCAGACCGGGUCGCAGUUUUACGAACUGUUGGCGGGCUUCUCCGACUCGUGCGCCAGCAGCGGCUCGCCGGCCACGUCGCCGGGCACCCUGCCGCUGUACCCCCUCGCGCCGACGGCCUUCGGCUUGGCGGGCGGCGUGGCGGACCACCAGGACCAGGCCGUGCCGCAGCACCUCCUGGCCACGGACGACCUCCUGGACGUCUCGGACGUCAUCGGCAGCAUGGACACCGGCAGCCAAGACUCUACGCAGCUGUCUGGAGAGAGCCUGAGCAGCAGCUGCAGCGGGACGAGCAGCUUUAGUGGGCCAUUCAGCAGCAGUGCAAGCAGCGCAGGCAGCUGCAGCAACAACGCCAAGAAGACCAGGACUCUGUCCCCCAGCCGGCUGGGGCCUCAGGUGUGCCAGGUUUGCUCAAAAGUAUUCAGUAAUGCGUCGGCGUUGGCAAAACACAAGCUAACUCACAGUGAUGAACGGCGAUAUGCCUGUUCUGUUUGCUCAAAGGCUUUUAAGCGUCAGGACCACUUGAAUGGACACAUGCUUACGCACAGAAAUAAGAAGCCCUAUGAGUGCACGGUAGAUGGGUGUCCAAAAAGCUACUGUGACGCACGAUCAUUGCGUCGUCACGAGGAAAACCACCACCAUUUGAAAGGACUUCCCGCUCUAAAGGACAAGGACUCAGAAAAAGAAGCGCGGAGGCGUAACUCCAAAACAAUUCUAAGUCUGUUGGCCACUCCAAGCACGGACAGCUCUUGUGCCACACUAGAUACAGCUGAGGCUUCACCCACGGCCAGCACCGUAACGGACUCAGGCUCUACUCCGAUAAAUGGGGUGACAGCAUCUGAAAACGGAACAAGCGCAAUAUUACCGAAAUCCGUUGCACCUGUGACGUUGCCCACGCCAAUGGCGUCGCCAAUGACAUCGCCAGUGGCAACUCCAAUAGUGUGUCGAAGUCCUAUCGCUACGCCUCUGCCCUCCCCAACGGCUCUGAGUCCCGGCCUGAGCCCGGCCCUGAGCGCACCAGUGCGAACGCCCGCGCCGUCUCCAAUAACAAUCCCAACGGUGCGGCCGCAGCUGGUAGCAGCCCGAGCUAUGCCUGCCAAACAACAAAGCCCUCCACAGGGAAUGCAGUUUCAACUGCUUCUCGACCAGUCAUUUCCGCCGUCACCUGGGACUCAAGGCACUCUGCUUCUGUCCAGAAGUCCACCUGAAGAUGGACCCACAGGCGUGCUAUCGGCAUACCUGUCACCCACGCGACAGCUGCCUCAAAUAAAACUUCCCGUCUCUCAACCGCAGCUUCUGACAAGUCAGGUUCAACAACCAAAGGUCACCACGGCGCGAAGUCAAAGUACCUCUCAAACCAAUGCUGCGCCAAUCUACACGGGGUUUGCUCGACAGGCCUCUCUGACAACUCUGGAAAAGAACGACCAAGUGCCUAAAUUAGUGCAGUCCGUGACCUGGCCCCAAGUAUUAGCCACGUCCUCUGCCAGUCAAAUUCCAAGUGUGUGUCUUGCAUCCCCAAAAGUUGAACCUCCAGCAGUGACUGGAAGAGCCGUACCGUCGCAGGACAUGUCCAACGAAAGUUAUCAACCCGUUUUAAGUACCGACCUACAAGUAAAUGGAGUUGAUAUAAUUCAACAGGGCGUCACACUGCAGCAAUCUGGAGUUGAAGGGAAAGUGGCUUACCCACCGAAACAACAAGCUCGGUCCCUUCAGAAGAAAUCUGGUUUGGCCUUCGAGAUAACUAGCACCUCCAGUACCGCACCAGUGAGCACGACCGUGACAACCACCACUGCCACUACCAAAAGCACUGUAGCCUUGACCUUUACAACAACCAAAUCCAUUACGAAUAACAGCAGCACCAAACAAAGCACUAACAGCACCGAAGUUUUUAGCGGCAAAACGGCCAGCGUACUUAGUGCUCUGCAUACACAGCCAAUUCCAGUGCCAGCCCUUGUUCAUGACGAUUCGAAGAAAAGUCCAAAAGCCGAAAAAGAUACAAAUCAAAGCAAGCCUGUGGCUUGCAACUUGUGCAACAGGCGCUUCAAAAAUAUUCCAGCUUUAAAUGGACACAUGCGUCUUCACGGUGGCUACUUUAAAAAGGACUCCGAGUCCAAGCGAUCUGACAAACGAGAAUCCACGGGCCCUCCGUUGCAAACAGCAAGUGUGUCAGUAAGACAACUUAUUGAAGAAAAAAUAAUUCAGAAGCGAGGCGGAACCAUUGGUCGAGUGGCUCUUUCUGCUGGGAGAGAAAAUUCACCAUCAUCUUCGGCACCAGCUGUAACAAGCACAGCUUCCACAACAACAGCUACUGGUUUUAUUCAAGCCCGAAACAUCGCAGAGGCCCGACGACUUAGUGAGCAGCACGAGUUGGCGUUUAAAAAGCUGUCUCAGUCAGUGGACUCCGUGGCUGCAGCUACGGUGCUGCAGCAUCACAACUACGCUAACAGCUCAUUUCCCACCCCACCGCAUUCGACUAGUGCGUCAAACACUCCACCCCUUACUCCUUUGUCUCCACUCAGCAAUGCCCCCUUUUUGCCACUGUCUCCUCAAAGCGAGGACUCAAACCAGCUCUUAAUCAAUUCAGAAGACCCUCUUCUUUCAUCAACCAUAAAGGAUAUAACAAGAAAAAAAAUUGACUUGAGGUCACUCACAGUACUUGGAAGUGUGCUCGUAGAACGUGGUGGGCAAUUACAUUUAAUUCAGGCGCCUACGGCAACAGUGCAGAGACUCAAUAAGAGCAAUAAUCAGCAGCAGAAACCUCUUAUUCAGACUAAGUCUCCUUCAACCCCUGAAGUUGUGCCAGUGGCUGCGACCACAAGCAAUGACAUAUCAAACGAUAUGGCCCCCGAGAUUGCCCCUGAAUUGGUAUCUUCCUACUUUAAGUCUGUGGGAAUAGACGAUGAAGAAUACCUUAAUUCGAUGGAACCGGGAAACCCACUAAAUGAUGAUACUUCAACAAACAUUCCGGUGGAGUUGCCCUCCGAAAAGGCAAUUUUUUCACAGAACUACCUUAACUUUGUUCCACCACCAAAGCGGCCUCGUCUGAUGCCAAAGUAUCCGACUUUCAAGUCGCGGUUAAGGAACUGCCGCCGGGAAACUAUCUGCUCUGCUAGUAUGCCUUACACUCCGGCUCCUAUGCUUGACCCUAACCGACCAGCGGCAGGAUUGGUUGCGUCUGUGACCCAGCCUUGGCAUUUACCAUCAUCUUCUCAAGAAAAUGCGGAAGUUGUUGAUGUUUUCGCUCUUACGGCUCCAGAGUCUGACAGCUUUCCCCAUGUCAAUGUUGGGGUGAAGUACCAGUGUCCCAUUCCACCUUGUGAGAAGCCAUACCCAAGAGCUAGUGACACGGCUAGUCAUAAACUUUACGAACCUUCCGUUGAAGCCAAGUUAACAAAUGAGCAAGUAAUUGCAUACCUUGAGUUUGCCUGCUGUGAUGCAAUACCAUUUGCGGGUAGAAACCAAGAGUAUGCCCUUCAUCUCUUGCACCUGUGUGGUGGUGACAUCCCAGAGGCAACAAUGCAACUGAUGAUUCGGAAACCAAAGCUGCCAAGAGACCAUGGGCUACUGGGUUUCAAUUACGGAAUAACAAAACUGUGGGGUUAUGCCGAAGUAGAUGCUUUUGUGCGAGCACUAAAGAAACACUCCAAAAACUGGCCAGUUGUGGCCAAAGAGCUCGGAAAGUCACCAAUGCACUGCAUUCAGUUUUACUACGUGUGGAAGAAAGUUUGCUUGCCGGAAUAUUGCAAAAUUCGAGACAGAUGGCAGGGGAAAAUUGUCGACGAUGACCUAAAUAACAAUCGUAAUAACCAAGAAGAUGCUAAUUCAAGCGCAAGUCUCUUGGAAAAAGCACGCAAUCCUGCUGAGAUAGAGAUAAAAGAAGAAAAACAAGAGGACGAUGAUGAUGAUAAUGCUACCCUCGACGCACUUGCCUUUAUAGCGGAAGACGACGGUUGUCUAUCAGAAGGAGGAAGCCAAGACGCACAAAGUCAAGUGAAAGUACCAAAUAUGCCACAGUCAAACAACAACCACUUUCACAACAAUGUGGAGUACUUUUAUAAUAAACUAAGCGCAAACGAAGAAACGCAUGGAUCUGAAACUGAGUCAUCAAAGGAAAAUAACGCCCUUCAAUAUAUGAGUCCCUCUUUGGCACAGUAUCACCGUCACAUGAUGUCAAUUUGGUUGAUGCCACUGUCAGAAAUUGCAACAAUUCCAUGGCUUUGCAGUGCGGAUGAAAAUGACAGUUUUUCUUUGACUGAAAUAAAAACUGAGCCAUGGUCAUUUUGCGACAAAGAUGACUUGAAACAAGAUAUUAUCAGUGCCAACGUUGACAUUAAUGACCCAAAACUUUUCCUGGAUGAGUUUGAUGACGUCAAACUUAACCUUUUAUGUGAAAAUUCGCAUGACUUGGAUGAAACUGUGGAGGAAGCACCAAUAGUUGUUCCUAAACCCGAACUCUUAGAGUCAAAUCAUGAUGAGGUUAAGAGAGAAAUAGAAAGCAUGAUGGCAAUGCACGGGAUCAGAAUGGAGGAUGAAGAUGUGAAAGGACCAGAAUUGCGCACUUUUAACGCUGCCCAACCCACUUUAGCAGAAAAUGACUUGCAGCUAGGCGUUGCAUCAUGCUUGGAAAACUCUUCCCAGGCUGAAGAACAUGUUAUCACCUCGUCUGAAAGCCGCUUGUUUAUUUGUGAAUUUGCAGACUGUUCAGGGAGCUUCAACUCACGAGCGGCCCUAAAUGGACACAUCCGAAUUCAUGGUAUUAGGAAAACCCUUUCAGCUGCCGGUGCUGCCAAACAAUCAACACAAAAAGACUUUGCAUGCGAGACAUGCGGGAAGACAUUUGGAAAAGCAAAGAACCGCAACGCGCAUAAGAAAAUCCAUAGGUUUUGGGACCAUCAGAAAAUGGAACAAGCUGAAAGGCUUGCUGCUAUCUCAAGUGGAGUGUCAUCUUCUGGUGAAUCUCCAUUGAUCAACUCUUCACCAACAAUAUCGUUUAGCACUUGUCUAAAUUUUGGGCUCAACAUGGCUUCCACUAAACAGAUGACACCAAAAAUUGAACCGGCGAUCGAGUACCCAGUCAACACUCUAGAACUUGCCUGCUUACAAACUUGCGACGAUAAAGAAAUUCCUGUUUGCUCUGACGAAGAAAGCCUGCAAAGGUCGAAUUGCAAGACGUAAAGGAAACGGAUUUAAUUGAGACGACGAAUCUUUCAGAAGAAGACAAGUCGAAGCAUACACCAACAGCAGCCCAGCUCGACGAAAUCUUUUCGUCCCUUUUAAGUAACAAUCAAGAUGAAAAGGAUACACAGUGUAGCCCAAAAAUAAAUAAAAAUCAAGAGCCCGUGAAGCAACUUGUCAAACCAACUGUUUAAAUGGGAUUUCUUUAUUCGCUUUGAUGCACUAAUCCCGUCUAAGCGUACACAUUGUUACCUCUGAACUGUAACGCGCUGCAUGUAGUAUUUGCGAUUCUAAGGAGGCAGUACGCAAGAGAAAAAGAUCCUUAUUUGAUCCAUUGCAACGUUGUGGGAAUAUUGUACCGCACCGUUUUGCAAACGCUUUUGUUGUUAGUGCUUCAUGGUGUGUUUGUAAGGAAUAGACAAACGUUUCAACGCUGCAUAGUAGAUCAUGCUACACCAUAGGUGUUUUAAAAAUCAAUGUGCUACGUAGCCUGAUUUAUCAUGUCGAAGAUGUAAAGUAAUCACUUGAUUCAAGGAAAAGAAAGUUUAGCUCAGGUUUUGCGAUGUCAAAGAGGUGAUCACUCAUAAAAAUAAAUGUGUGUAUAAAACAUGUAAAUGGUUACUGUUUAUGUUUCAAAUAUAAUUUAAAAUACUGCAAACAAAGUAUUAAUAAUUAAGGAAUUAAUUACUUUUAAUGUGUGUUUCAUUGUUUAUUUUUGGUCAGUUGUCUUGUAGUCCGAGACUAUUGCACAAUGGUUGUGAUUGCAUAUAGACUUGUACUCCAUUGAGAGUUUUUGCUUUUAGUAGUACUUGUAAAUAGUUCUAUUUUGUGAUGUUUAACGUGUUUUACAUCAUGAAAAUCGUGUAUCAUAGCUAUAAAAGUGACUACGCAAUGCUAUUGAUGCCAAGAUGCUAUUUCGGGCGCAGUAAACUUCAGGGCUACGCUCAUGUGAUAAAUGUCAGCGCAGAAGGGGAACAGGUAAAAACAUGAUCCUGCGUCAGAUUUGGCAGUCCUUGGGCACAAUGGACAAAAGUGCGAAACAAUGUUACAUUACUUAGGCAUCGUACAAAAUUGUGUACUCUUAAAGAUUUACCUUCCGAUAAAUGUUUCCGAAGUAUUAUAAAUUUUAUAUCUAAAAAUACUCAAUUUAAAGGUUGUUAAACAUAUUUUGUACAUAUGUUUUUAGUCUGGAAUACUUCUUGGUUGUGUGUAUAUGUGCCAUUGAUUAGCUAAUGGAUGUACAGCUCUGUUUAGUUCAAACUCGUUGGUUGUGUUUUUGUGCCAUGCGAAACGCACGAAGUGCCAAUUUGUUUAUUUUGAAGUAAUUGGUUGUGUUUUUGUGGCGUCCAUAUGCCAGCUGAUGUGCUCUUUUUGAAACAAAGGCUGAGUUCAAGUGGACAGGUGAACAAUUGCUCAUUAUUGUUUAAAAUAAUAGUACACGGAAGGACACAAAAUUGUUCAUAGCGUGUACGUUAAAUAAAUCAUUUAUAUUUUCUAAAAACAUUUACCUAAAUAAUGUAUCUCAAUCUUAUAUCUAAAUAUUACAUUUAAAUAUUGUAACUAAAUGUUUUAUCUAAAUCUCGUUUUUACGUACAAUAAACGUAGAGCAUUUAAGCCUAAGAGAAAAUAGCUAAAAAUUUGUCGGGUUGACUAAAGCACGUUAAAAUUUUGGCGAUCUCAGACUGGUUAACGUUCUGUGUUAAAAUAAUUUUAGUCCUUGACACAAGCCAGAUAUUGUCUUUAAGGCCUUGGUCAAGCUAGUAUAUACCUAACUACAGAAAUCGAUACGAAUUAAUUUUAUAGGUUUACUUUUAUCCAUCUUUAAGCUGUGGAUUAAAAGUGCAAUUUUAACGAAUUACUAAGAUUCAGUUAAAGAAAGCCUUUUUAUAAUUUUUGCGGCACCUAAGACUAGACUGAAAUUUAUUUGGCCUUUAAGCUUCCUCGGAAGCAUUAAAAAAAGCUUUGCUCCUUCAAUGUUGAAUAGUGGCUAAACCAUUGAAAAGAGCUCUUUACAGCCGUUUUUUUAAAUUGUGCUGAAAAAUCUUAUUUACACUGUCCGGUUCUACGAGUCUGUUAGUGCAAUUCAUCUAGCAGGAAUGAAAGGAGCAAUUUUUUUGCUUCUUAUUACUGUUUUGUCGGAUCUUUCUUUCUGUUGUCCUUUUUACAUAUUCCAUGGAUAGUGCAUUGAAGACAGUCAGUUUCCACUUGCCUAACAGAGAAAGAUACUAUCUCCCAGACUUCUUAGAUCCUGGACGUUUAUUUCGAGUACAUUUUCAUAGCUCGAGACAAAAUAAACAUUUUGCCGUAAUUGAUCAACGGCUGUGAGUGUAGUACCAUAGUUAAACAAUUUACUAGAUUUAAGAUUGUUUUCUGUUUGAUGACAAAUUGUUGAGUUGUUUCACUCACCGCCUAGGGGUACAAAACUAAACAGUAUUACUUCUUUUAUAAUUAAACUCAACAAAACGUUUGUUUUCGUGUUGCAUACUCGUAUGUGUCUUCAUUAGAUACGUUUCUCGUAUAUUUGUUCAUCUGUUUAUGUUUUCUUAAAAGGUUUCUUAGCGGUAGAGCAAACUCUUAAUAGAAUUUAAUUGAUUUAUUAUUCAAUCUUACCUUUGUCCUUAUCGUUUCAUCGUCCUUUCAAGACUAAGUAAAAAUAUGCUGUAGUACUCUUAACAUAGCUUCUGUACGGUUAAGUGCCUUUCAUUUCUCAAGGUUGUGUUCUGGAAAAGAUUUGUGACUUAAUAUUCUGUUUAGUAAAAACAAUCAUAAAUUUUUCGUACUAGUCUCCAGUUGUUGGCUCAGCCACGCAAAAAAAGUGAUAACUUCGUAUUGAUAUAUUGUGUCUUCUACUUUUAAGUAAAUUACGUAAGAGUACCUUUCUCCUUAUUGUGAUAGCUGUGUCAGUGUCUUUGUUUCUUGUAAUAGCUUUGUUGCAUCUGUGUUAGCAUUGUAUUUGGUGUGCAAGGCCGCUUUGGCCUAUGUGGAUCCUUCGAGUAAACAUUUAUUGCGUGUAUUUGCAUAUACUUUGUUGAAUAAAAGUGCUCGGCACUUUUGUCUGGAUGCUGACUGUCGUAUGCCAAAAAGAGGUGCCCUACAUUAAUUUGUUACACUUAGCAGAGUCAAAUGAACCAUCGCUUUUCACAAUCUGUUUUCUGAAGUUUGGUGCACAACUAAACAUAGACAAUAUUGAUGUUUUCAUAGUGUUAAAUUUGCUCUCAUUGGAGAAGUGUCGUUGAUAUAAAGAUCGGCGUGGUUUUCACAUUGCGAAAGAAAAUUAAAAAACAUAAUUAAAUUACAUUUCCUUUUUCGCUUUUGGUGUUGUGUAUUUAGACCUCUUCGUGGUGUAGCUUUCAAUCACAUUUUGUUUCAAUGCUCAGCAUAUCUUUUGCUGUUCCAUUGUGGCAAGUUCUCUUCUAUCCCAGUUUUGUUAAGGUUGUAAGGUUUGGUUUUGCGCUUAAAGUUGACACAGUUUGUCCCGGCCUCUUUAAAGACUGUGCUCAAUAUUGUUGUAUUAAAUAUCGAUAUUUGUAAUUUUUUAAAAGUUUGUAGGUUUGUGCAGAACGAAAGAUCGUCUCAUAUCAUCUUGGCAUUCUUGCCCUUUGCACUUAUUUGUUAUUUUCAUAUUUCCGUCUUACUCAUCCAUCCAAACGAUUUUUGUUACUUCUGUGAGUGCAACAUGUAAUCUCCUUUUUCUCCUGAGAUCCCAUCGAAGAGCUGUUAACGGCAUGGUAAAAAAAGUAGACCAAUUAUAUGUGAAAAAUAUGUGUUAGAAUUAAGGUUGGCGAUAAGAGAAUGUCGAUUGAGUAGAUGUCAGUGCUCAACUUCUUCAUUCUUAACUGUGUUGGAAAUAAGAGGAACGAGAUGUUUUUGGCUGGUCUUGAAAAUGUAUUAAAUGUCUUUAUGAAAAAGGUUUCA